CGGGGCACCAGGAGAGGGAGGAGCCAGGCUUGCGGUCGGCCAGGAAGAGCAGCAGCUUCACCUUGCCGUCGGAGGCGGCGUCCGGGGAAGCGAAGAGGCGAUCGAAGUGGGCGUCGAAGUCGGAAAGCCCCGCGUCCACCUUCUCCACCGUCAUCUCGCCCUCCUCUCCCCUUCCGCUGGCCGAGUAAAGAGAGCGAAUUGGAGCAGCAAGAAAGAUUGGGAGACAGAUUGGUGGAAGUGGAAUGACCGAAUGACCUAGGAAGCACACGAGACGGCGUGCCGUGUGAUUCCUUUCUGGGAUUUCUCGCAGCCUGCCGGUGGUCCCCGCAUCUCAACCCGCGUGUUGCGUACGCGAGCCGGAAUCGGGGGAGGUUUGGGUAUGGACUGAAGAGGCCCAAGAGCUACCGUCGAGCCCAACAACCAAAUGCAGCCGAGUCCAACAGAGUCAUCCUCAUACAUCGUUCACUACUUCACUCUCGUCGUUCUCCCCGAUCGGUUCCGGCCUCGCGUUCGUCGUCUCCUUCCCCCUCGCCGGCCGCGUGAUCUGCCUGCCGCGCGGACGCCGCGGGCGCGACGAUGCACGACCCGUCGGAGAUCCGCAACCUCCCCAUCGACAUCGCCUUUGGCCGCCUCCAGGAGUGGCUCGUGGACCGCAAGCGAGUGCCGCACGACUGGCGGAAGCGCCUCGCCGGUAUUCGCGCCCGCAUCGCGCCCGCUUUCUCCGCCCUGCCGCGGAACCUGCACCCCUCACUCCUCGCCCUCGAUCCAGAAGAAAUUGGCUACCUUGAAGCAAAGAAGAUAUACAGCAUUCUCCUAGAAUCCAACACCGAGAGUCGCAACAUAUUUGGCCGCCUGACGGGAUCCGCGGGUGAAUGGGAGUCAAUUAUUAAAGCUUACGAGAAGGACCAUGUCUUCCUUGGAGAGGCAGCGCAGAUCAUGGUUCAAAAUGUUAACUAUGACAUUCCAUAUCAGAGGAAGCAGAUGCAGAAGACUCAGCAGCAGCUUGCAGAGCUUGAUCGAAGGGAGGCUGACAUCAAGCGUCUUGCGGCAUUGUCAGCGACUAGAUAUGUAGAAGCCUGCCAGGAACUCGGUUUACAGGGAAUAAAUGUGAGGGAAGAACUAAUAGAGUCCGCAAAAACACUCCCAUCUACUUUUAGCAAAAUCUUGGAGGUCCUGAACAGUGAUCCUGUCUCAAAUGCUAUGGAGUACUACACAACUUUUGUUAAGGACUGCCAUACUGAGGACAAGAGAAAUAGUGAUUCUGUGCUACCCAAACUGAAAGACUUGCAGGCCAAUCCUCCUUCUUUGCAUGUCUCAGUAUAUAAUGAGAUCAAGAGUUCUCUUGGAGAGGCAUCAAAAUCUCCUGGGUUUACUGUGAUCGCGGGAGAAAUUGACUCAAAUGUUGCUGCUGCUGAUGAUAUUGAUUGGGACAUUUCUGUGGAUACUAAUGAAAUUGAUUGGGACAUUGGUGCUGUGGAACAACCUGGUGAAGAAUCUGGCGAUGGCUUUGGAUCGUAUGAAAUUAUUGAUGCUAAUAUAGAGCUGGCCGGUUCUGAAAAUUAUAAUGUUGGUGUCUCAGACAAAUCAAUGAACAAAGAAGAUCUUGCAUCAUCUGAGUCUGGUAUUUGCUGGGACAUCACUGCUGAUAGUUCUGAAGAAAUUGCUAGUAUACAGAAUGCUUCAUCUGUAUUAGAGCAAUCUCAGUCUCAAAUGAUAGCUGAAGAUAGAAGUUUGUUGCUGGAAAAAGAAUAUAGGAAUAAUAUUCUGGAUGAUUUACUCGAGGUAAAAUCAUUUUUGACUCAACGCUUAGGGGAGAUGAGGAAUGCAGACACAUCAUCUCUACAGCAUCAAGUGCAAGCUGUCUCACCUUUUGUUCUCCAGCAGCAUGCUCCUGACAGUUUGGAGAACAUGCUUGUAGAGAUCUCGUCAGCAAUCUCAUUGCUAACUAAUCAGAAGACUCUUGACCUUAUAAUGAUCCUUAACUCUAAAAGGUUUCUGGAUAGAUUAGUUUCAAGCUUAGAAGAGAAGAAGCAUCACGAAGUAAAACUACGGGAAGGUUUAGGUGAUUUAUCUGUUAAGCGUAUGGAGCUGCAAAACGCACUGUCAUCAUCAUGGCCAAAGCAAGAGGCAGCAAUUACAAAAACAAGGGAACUAAAGAAGCUGUGUGAGUCGACACUGUCGUCUGUUUUUGAUGGAAGACCAGUGUAUAUAAUUGGAGAGAUCAAUACUUUACUGAGCUCAAGUGUUAGUCAAUUAGCUGGAUGACUGUAUUUCCGUUCCUGGACCAAAUAAGAUUGCAAAAAUAUUAUCUUAUGGUAUAUACUUCUGAAUAUUUAUGGUUU